GCAUCGGGAUAGUGAUGAUCUUGAGCUCUAACAAAUAUAAACAGUAAAGAUUUAAAAAUGUUGGAAACUGGUCCUAAGACGGAAAGUUUCCAAUGUAAAAAUAAUAAACAACAAGAAGUAAUCUUAGCAAAGAAUAUAAGGACCGAUUACUUGUACAAGCACAAAGUUGUGUGGCAGAAUGUGAUAGGAUUUGUCAUAUUACACGUGUUUGCACUAUGGGGUUUGCUCAUAUUUGUGACUGGAGGAAUCGGAAUUUACACCUACAUUUGGACUGUUUUUGUAACAUACUUGGGAGCAGAAGGCAUUACAACUGGAGCUCACAGAUACUUCACUCACCGAACAUUCAAAGCAACUCCACUCUGCAGAGCUAUACUGCUCACUAUGCAGACUUUAGCUGGACAGAACUGCAUGUUCAUAUGGUGUCGUGAUCACCGACUGCACCACCGCUACUCGGACACUGACGCUGACCCGCACAACUCCAAGCGCGGCUUCUUCUUCUGUCACAUGGGCUGGCUCAUGCACAAGAAGCAUCCCUAUGUCAUCGAACUCGGACGAAACAUUGACAUGAGAGACUUGCAGGCUGACUGGAUGGUCAUGUUCCAAAAGAAAUACUAUUACCCUUUAUAUCUUCUAUUGGCAAUAUUUAUACCGAUGUAUGUACCAGUACAUUUCUUUGGAGAACAUUGGUGGAACUCACUGCUGGUUUGCUACUUCUUACGUUACGUAUAUUCACUACACGGCACUUGGUUUGUAAAUAGUAUCGCUCAUCUUUAUGGGACCCGACCAUAUGACAAGAACCUGCAACCAGUGGAGUCGUGGUUCGUAUCUAUAGUGACAUUAGGUGAGGGGUGGCACAAUUACCAUCACGCCUUCCCCUGGGACUACAAGGCUGCAGAACUGAGUGACUACAUUAACCAUUCAGCCACUUUCAUCGAAUUUCUUGAAAAGAUAGGGCUUGCAUAUGAUUUAAAAACCGCUUCACCUGAAAUGGUACUAAAUAGAAUAGUGAGGACAGGUGACGGCAGUCACUAUAGGCUGGGUGAUAAAGAGACGCGCGCAGCAGUGACGGCGAGGGGGCCGCGAUACCCCACCUACAAUUCCACCUUCAAGCCGCUAAGGCGGCACGGUGGCCGAUAAAAUACGCUCGCCUUUCAUUGGGAUUUGUGAAAAAUUAAGUUUUUAUUCGGUAGAUUUUGAGCAUGUAAGAUUUUUGGGGACAUCAAAGCUUAAAAAAAUGUAUGGAUCUAGGCACUUUAAUAAACGGGUUUGUUCAUAAUCAAUGUAUAGAA